CCGGCGCGGCGGCGGUCCCAGCUGCAGCGCGCCGCCUGGGUGGCUGGGCGGCCCAUGGGCAGCAGCGAGGGCCACGAUGACAGAUUACGGCGAGGAGCAGCGCAACGAGCUGGAGGCCCUGGAGUCCAUCUACCCCGACUCCUUCACAGUAUUAUCAGAAAAUCCACCCAGUUUCACCAUUACUGUGACAUCUGAGGCUGGAGAAAAUGAUGAAACUGUCCAGACUACCCUCAAGUUUACAUACAGUGAAAAAUACCCAGAUGAAGCCCCUCUUUAUGAAAUAUUCUCCCAGGAAAAUCUAGAAGAUAAUGAUGUUUCAGAUAUUUUAAAACUAUUAGCGUUACAGGCAGAAGAAAACCUUGGUAUGGUAAUGAUCUUUACUUUAGUGACAGCUGUGCAAGAAAAAUUAAAUGAAAUAGUAGAUCAAAUAAAAACUAGAAGAGAAGAAGAAAAGAAACAAAAAGAGAAAGAGGCAGAAGAAGCUGAAAAGCAAUUAUUUCAUGGCACUCCUGUCACAAUUGAGAAUUUCUUAAGUUGGAAGGCCAAAUUUGAUGCAGAACUCUUGGAAAUUAAAAAGAAACGAAUGAAAGAAGAAGAACAAGCAGGAAAAAAUAAAUUAAGUGGGAAACAGCUAUUUGAAACAGAUCAUAAUCUUGACACAUCUGAUAUCCAGUUUUUGGAAGAUGCUGGAAACAAUGUGGAGGUAGAUGAAUCCCUAUUCCAGGAAAUGGAUGACUUGGAGCUAGAGGAUGAUGAGGAUGAUCCAGACUAUAAUCCUGCUGACCCAGAGAGUGAUCUGACUGACUAAUGGACUAUCCCCAUCUACAGAGAGGUGUGACUGCCACAGCAUCUGUGGCUGUGUGGAGGUGUUGAUUUUCCUUUCUUUUUUUCUAAGAAAAAAUAAUUUUCAGGAGAAUAUUCUUCUGAUAGCUUUCAUCAUUGAACUUAAUAAACUGACCUUAAAGUUUCAAA